AUGAGAUUCGAACGCGUCAAAAAUUGUAGGGAGGCCAUGAUUAACGAUAAAUUAGUGCAUUUUUUGAUCCAAAAUUACGAUGAUAUCCUGAGAGCGCCGUUGUCUGGGCAGCUCAAAGACGUAUAUUCAUUGUAUGUCACUGGUGGCUACGAAGGUUGCUCAGAAGACUUGGGUGAGGGGAAAAAGAACUUACUUGAGUUUGAACAGUUUUGGAAUGAUCUUGGAGAUAUUGUUUUGGUUACGCCAAAGUCCAUUCAGUUCGAACAGAACCUACUAGUUGCAGAAAGACCUGAAAAAAUUGUCUUUUUGGAUGUUUUCUCUUUGAAGAUUCUCUAUAAUAAAUUCCACCCUUUCUAUUAUGUAUCGAAAGUGCCCUGUUCCUCAUCUGAUGUAGAGAUUUCGAGUUUGACAGCGGCAGAAGCAGAUUCUAAGGGAAGCCAUUUAUUGGAUAGACUGUUCAAUGUAUUGGACUGGGACGAAAAUGUCAGUAAUCAGGGAUUGCCACGUGAACAAUUAAGUAACCGUUUACAAACUUUAUUACGGGAGAAACCAUCUUCUUUUCAACUCGCUAAGGAAAGAGCCAAGCACACAACAAAAGUUAUCGAAUACAUUCCCAUAUGUAGUGAUUACCUGCAUGCGUCUUUAUUAUCUACCUCGGUUUACAUUGUCAAUAAUAAAAUUGUUUCCUUACAAUGGUCCAAAAUAUCCGCGUGCCAGGAAAACCAUCCAGGAUUUAUCGAAUGUAUUCAAUCGAAAAUUCAUUUCAUCCCCAAUAUUAAACCACAGACGGAUAUUUCUUUAGGAGAUUGUUCGUAUUUGGAUACCUGUCACAAAUUGAAUACAUGUCGGUAUGUUCACUAUUUGCAAUAUAUUCCGUCGUGCUUACAAGAGCAGGCCGAUCAUAGCACUGAAAGUCACAAUGAAGAAAUAGAGUCGAACGUACCAAUACCAUUCUAUACCCUAGGAAAUUGCUCCGCACAUUCAAUUAAAAAGCCUUUACCUGCACAAUGGAUCCGCUGCGAUGUUCGUAAAUUUGAUUUUAAGAUACUGGGGAAGUUCUCGGUGGUCAUUGCGGACCCCGCAUGGAAUAUACACAUGAAUCUACCAUACGGUACUUGUAAUGAUAUUGAGCUCCUAGGCCUGCCCUUACAUGAACUGCAAGACGAGGGAAUUAUUUUUCUUUGGGUAACGGGCAGAGCUAUAGAACUGGGCAAAGAAUCCUUGGAUAACUGGGGGUACAAAGUAAUAAACGAAGUUUCCUGGAUAAAAACAAACCAGUUGGGCAGGACCAUAGUUACUGGCCGCACGGGGCACUGGCUAAACCAUUCCAAAGAGCAUUUAUUAGUGGGUUUAAAGGGUAAUCCAAAAUGGAUCAACAAACAUAUCGACAUUGAUCUGAUUGUGUCCAUGACCAGAGAGACUAGUAGGAAGCCAGACGAGCUGUACGGUAUAGCUGAACGUAUGGCGGGGACGCAUGCCAGAAAAUUAGAAAUAUUUGGAAGGGAUCACAAUACUCGGCCAGGAUGGUUUACUAUCGGGAAUCAAUUAACGGCCAACCGCAUAUAUGAAAUGGAUGUUGAAAGAAAAUACCAGGAAUUUAUGAAAGAAAAGAACAAAAAUGGUGGUACUAAUUCCAGCAGCAAAAAAAUCGAUAAAAAGUCUAAUUCAAAAUUCCAGCAGCAGCAAUAUUGGAAUAUGAACAACAACAAGUAUUUUAUGGAAAAUAAGCAGAACACUAUGGAUAAAAAACAAAGCUCUUUUGAAUCCAAACAAUCACAACAACAAUUUCAAACACUAAAUAACCUAUAUUUUGCUCAGUAA